AAAAACAAAACAAAACAAAACAAAGGAAGAGAAUUUGCGCGACAACAACGAUCGAUCAGUCGUCGUCUUCUCAGAUCUUGUUCUUCAAAGGAUUCUAUGCCGCAAGAGCUUCGAUUGUAUCCUCUCUGAGGAUUGGGUAAUACCCAAUACCAUGGAUAACAAUAGCGAGCGCAAAGGAAAACGAAUCGAUAAGGAUAAUAUUCGUGUCAAGCGGAAAACUUUGCAAGCUUUGCUCAAUGAUUGCCAGAGAGCCCUCGAGUUAUUAAACUUAGCCGAAGUCAGUUCUGAAGACGAUGAAGAUGAUAAAAGCACCGGCGAGGGAAGUGGGUCACAAGAGAGCAGGGGAGAAGUUUCUUCUUCCGAUCGAGAAGAUCCUGAAGCUGAUGAAUUAUAUGAUCUCAUCAAAUCCAGGGUUGAAUGUGAUGACUUCCUUGAAAAGAUUGAGUCAGCCCAGGUUUCAGCGCCGCAACAUCUUGCUGAAGAUAGUAGCUCUUGGGAUGUAGUUAGUGAAGAUGAUCUUUGGGAUGAUGAAACCAUGGCUCAAAGGGAAGAAGAUUAUGUCCUUGUUAGAGAAGAAGAUAUAGCAGAGGGCAUUGCAUGUUUCAUGGCUACUUAUUUACAAUCACUUAAGCAGACAAAGGACUUGACUCCUGAGCAGCUUCAGAAAGGUAUUCUCGACUCUUCUGUCAACCUUCAAAUGCUGUGUAUCUCAAUGAUAAGUAGACAUAAUAGUUGGCUGUAACAUAAUAGCCACGUCACUGUUGCUAACACUCAAAUUCAGAACAGAUAGAUCUUUAGAGGAAAUACGGCAUUGGACAGACUGGUAAAGGGCAUUGAUUGUUCUUGGGAAUCGGUUUUGGGGUUUGAGAGGGCAUAGGAAAGUAGGGGAGGCUCAAGGAUUCAUCCAUAGAUUAUUCUGUGGUUAGAUAUGUGUUCUACAAUUCAGUAAGAAAUAGAGUUUACCGGUUCCAAUCUUAAAACUCAACUAGGAAGCUUGUUAUUGCGCUGACACAAACAAAGACCAUUAAGUCGCCAAGUUAUUUUCUUUGAUGUUGAUUAUGUGUGAAGUUGAUCAGUGGUGGCAUAUCAGAUUAGUAGUAAAACUGUAACAUUAGUGUUUGAAUUGUAAUGUAGCACUUAGCAGGAUGUUCUCAGUGAAGAAUAGAAAGGGGAAACUUCGGAAAGCCUGGGAUGGAAGUAAGGUUGCUUACAACGUAGCGUCAUGGAGCGCAACUGUUAUAGGGAUCUAUCAAAACCCCGUGAUCCUGAGGGUUGCAUCAAAGGCCUUUUGGGCGUCAUGUCAUGUAAUAUCGAAGCUCGUUUGAUUGACGAUGACGCCUUCUCGAACACAUCUCGCCUGUGUACUGUGAUAACAGUUUAAUUUGGGUUUCUCCAUGAUCUCUGUGAAUACAACUUCAUCAUGUAUAAAGAAUGCCAUAUGUAAUUCCGUUCUUUACUGCAAUAUUCUUUCUGCAUCAUCGUUUAUAUCCAUUAAAUGAGUAAAUGCAUGCUAGAAUCACGUAUUUUAGUAGACUACAGUUGUUAUUCCAGGUUGA